CUCUUCCCAUCUAGAGCCUCCAAUCCGCUCUCUCACACACACACUCACACACAAACACAGAGGCAUGAUACGGUCCUGGGUACUGAGCUGUGCAGAUUUUACUUAGAGGGGUUUAGGAGCAAAUCUCAAGACAUGGACUUUAGCCAAAAGAAGCACUGAAAACCACUUGACUGCUUGGACUGGACGCCCAAAAACUCCGGCCGACCUUGGAAAACUGAAAGGAGGGAAGUCAAAUUCUGUGACGCAACGGUACAUCCAGUUCCAUAAUGGCAAUCCCAAAUGACCUCUCCGUUUUCAACUCCACCUCCUCCCCCUAUUUAACGACAGAGAUCUAUUUGAACACUUCUUUGGCCCCCUAUGUCCCCUCCUGCACAGACUGGCCUCCUCUACCCAUGAACACAGUCAUCCCCGCUAUCUACAGCAUUAUCUGCGUGCUGGGAACUAUAGCCAACACCCUGGCGGUGGCUGUGUUGGCUCAUGCCAGUGCCUCGAGGAGAACUGUGGCUAACACCUUCAUGCUGAACCUGUGUGUGUCUGACCUGCUGUUCCUGCUGUCUCUCCCGCUGUGGGCCAUCUACUACUCCCGGGGCUACAGCUGGCCCUUUGGCCGGAUGGCCUGCAAAAUCUGUGGGGCAAUCCUCAACCUCAACCUCUAUGCAUCUAUCUUCUUCAUCACAGCCAUGAGCAUGGACCGCUACCUGGCCAUCGUGCUUCCGCUCCGCUCCCAGAGUGCCCGACACCCCAAACGUGCCCGGCUCCUGUGCAUUGUGCUGUGGGUUCUGGCUUGUGCUUGCUCAGCCCCCACCUUGGCUCUAAGGGACACACACUACCUCAAAGAGCUUGAUGUGGAGGCUUGUGUCAUUUUCUAUCCUGAUCAUAAGUGGUAUCUGGCCCUGGUCUGGAUGAAGAUCAUUCUGGCCUUCCUCCUGCCGCUGCUUGUCAUCUCUUGUUGCUAUUGUGCUAUUGGUAGACAUUUGUUGGCUGACACAGGGCUGGUAAGAAUGCACACUUCGUCGCACACCCCCAACAUGCCCUCUUUUAAAUCCCUUCAGUCUCAGGAGAGCUGCAGUAAACCAGAGAGACCCCCAACCCCUUGUGUUAGCCCCAGCUCCAGUGGGAGCAGACCCCUGGAGGGCAGGGGUCUGGAGCGGGUUUUGUGGACAGUAGCCGCUGUGGUCCUGGCCUUCUUCCUCUGCUGGUUUCCCUUUCACUGUGUGACCUUCAUGGAUGUGCUGAGAAGCGACGGCUGGUUGGACAGCUGCUGGGUAAACUGGACCAUCCAAAACCUCACCCCUCUCACCCUCUGCUUGGGCUUCUCUAACUCAGCUAUCAACCCCGUGCUCUAUUGCUUCAUCGGGAACCAUUUCCGGGGCCGUCUCGGGGGCCUCUGCAAGGGUCUGUGUGCUUGUUUGAAGGCCCGUGGGGAAGAUCACAGCCAGAAGAGGGGCUCCUUCAGCACCAGGCUGAGCUCCUUCUCCCGAAAACUCAGUGACCUGAAAGACCUGGCGAUCGUGGAGCCCACUGGCCCUGCCUAACCAGCCCCUAGAGGGGGAAACUUUCCAUUCCCUCCACUCGCUUCACACCCCAAAGAAUGAACGUCAAAUGACCGCUGAACUCCAAUAAGCAUGGAUGUGUGAGACAGAGCUGCUGCUAUAAUUGACUGAGUAAAAUUCCAGCAGAGCUCAACUCUGCCUUACAAAGCUAGCAAAAAAGUAACUAGAGAAAAAAAGGGUUUAAAGUUUAUCACUUGAGUAACACGUGAACUCUAAAUGUAAGGUCUUUUUAGGCAGAUUGUUUCACUCUCGUGCUUUGGACAGUUUUAAAGCAGCUAAAGCAGCAACACGACAAUAUGAGAACUGUGACGAUGUAAAAGGGGGUCACUUGUAGUGAUGAAUUAUUCGCUGAAUCUGCAGCUCUACUCAGCUUCAGCUCAUCAUUUAGCUGUUGUGUUCACAACUUGUUUCUGUUGAUCUCCAGUGAGCACGAAAAAGAAAAAGAAUCAGUUUUUGUAGGUUUAAGGGCACAGAUAAAAGCUGCUGUGUUUCUUCAUCACGGUGUAGCAACUGCCUCAUUCAUAUGGGAUGUAAAACAUAAUUACUAACAUAUUGAAUGAUCAAAACUGAUUUUUCAAUUACAGAAGAAGAGACAGUGGGUAAAUUUAUCAUGUGGGCUGCAGCUGUUUCAGCAGCUAACUUCAGCUUUCUAACUUUUUGUAGUCAUGCAAACUUUACAUACAGUUUACUUUAAAAUUAUACUUUUCUGUGACAUAAUAUUUUUUCUGAUAAGACAGAUGUCAAAAAAAUCUCUUAAUUGCAUUUUGACUAAAUGUGUGGUUACUGCAUUUUGGCUUUGUAGGCUGCAGCAGGCUAAAAGAUUAAUGAGAUAAAGCUAUUUAAGGAUAAUUCUUAAGCAGUCGCAUCAGUGCUACUUUUACUAUUCUUUUUUUGGGACCAAGAUAUUAUUUGUGUAAUCAUGUAACUUGUAAAGGUUUUGUAUCAUCCUAUCCUAAGAUAGUUUAGAAAUAAGCUACAAGAAAUAACAAUCACUGCAUUUCUUUGCCUGAAUGAGAAAUAAAGUACCAAAAAAAUAAUAAAAUAAAUCUCUAAA